AUGAAAAAGUAUUCUGCUGUAUAGUAAUAGAUUAUCAAAAAUGUUUAGAAGUUGAACCAUUUAGAUAGAAAGAAUUGGUAAGUUGAUAAUCCAUACUACGAGUGUGUUCAGAAAUCUAUCUAUGGAUGUUUACAUUUUAUCUCUGAUGAGUUUGGAAGUGCAUUUUGCUAUGAUGGAAAAAAUGGUUAUAUUAUGACUUGUGCUCAUUGUGUUAUUGAGAAUGAAGAUGAAGAUAAAGAUGAUAAUAUUAAUCAUUCUUUUGAAGAUUAGCCAAAUUAGAAUAGUGUUGUAUCACCAUAGAAAAAAAGAGGAAGACCUAAAAAAAUUUAGGAGCCAUAGCAGCAAACUAAACCCAAAUAAAUAUUUCAUUUGAUAUUUGCAAAUGGUGAGGAUGUAGAAUGCAAAUUGGUAAAAUAUAAUAAAAAAUUAGAUAUAGCAAUCUUAAAGAUCAUAAAAAGAGGUACAGAUAUAUCUGAAAAAAUAUAUCCUUAAAUUGAAAUCUUUUAAGAAGGGGAAUUAAAAAAAUUUGAAGAGUUAAUAUGUAUUGGUUAACCAGCGUAUCAUGACAUGGAGAGUGUCAGAUCAUAAAAAACUAACUAUCCUCCAUUUUACAUUUCAAAAGGAUAUUUUGAAGGUUAUACUCUUGAUCCCAUUUAUGGAGUAUAAGAAAAAGGGUUAGGUCCUUUGAAGCAUUCUUGCUGGACUUAUUGGGGUCAUAGUGGUUCACCUAUCAUCAACCUCUAAGGAAAAGUUAUAGGCAUCCAUAAUAGCUGGAAUGAAAUUAAUGGGAUGAGACAUGGAGUUAGCAUUCAUGCUAUUAGAGAGUUUUAAAAGCUACAUCCACAUCUUUUCUCAUUCUAAAAUGAUAAAAAAGAUUUAUGA